AUGCCAGAGGGAGCUGCAACUGACGAGGUUCGGGGGGAGGCCCCAGCAGAAACCGCAGCAGCAGCAGCAGCAGCGGCAGCAGCAGACUCCGUGGGCUCUAAACGGCCUAACGAAGCGUCAUCUGGCGUUAAAUCCAGUGAGGAUAGCAGCAGCAAUGACAGCAGCAGCAGCGCGACCAACAACAGUAGCACUACCAGCGAUAACACCAACAGCAAUACCAGCAGCAGCAACAACAGUAGCAGCAGCAGCAGCAGCAGUGCUCCAGUACAGAAGCGUGUGAGGAGGACAUGUCCUUACCUCGGUACUAUUAACAAACAUAUGUUGGAUUUUGACUUCGAAAAAGUCUGCAGCAUUUGCCUCUCUAAUCAACAUGUCUACGCUUGUCUUGUGUGCGGGCGAUACUUUCAGGGCCGCGGGAGGUCCACGUUCGCCUUCAUGCAUGCGUUAGAGCAAAGACAUUUUGUGUAUGUAAAUCUUACAACAUGUAAAGUUUAUUGUCUUCCUGAUAAUUACGAAGUACAAGAUUAUUCCCUACAAGACAUCAUCUACAACUUGAAUCCAACAUACACAUCGGAAGAUGUUGCUCGUCUAUCUACGGAAGUCUUCUAUGGCAAAUCAUUAGAUGGUGCUGAUUAUUUACCUGGUUGUGUUGGUCUAAAUAAUCUAAGCAAAACAGACUUCUUCGCAGUUGUUAUUCAAAGUCUGUGUACGGUGAUACCGCUGCGAAAUUUUUUGCUCUUGUUGGAUCUAUCGGACAAGCAGAAAUUUAAUGCAGUAUUGAAAACCCUCUCAGAGUUGAUGAGAAAAAUAUUCAACAGAAGAAACUUUAAAGGCAUCGUAUCCCCACACGAAUUCUUGCAGGCUGUUGGGGUGGAGAGUAAGAAGAAAUUUCGCAUCGGGGAACAAGCGGACCCUUUGGCUUUGUUUGCUUGGUUAUUGAAUGUGCUGCACCGCGAUCAGCGAGACAGGAAGACAGGAAGCUCCAUCAUUCAUGAAUGCUUUCAGGGGGAAGUCCUCGUAACAGAUGCGCAGAGUGGCGAAUCGAAACACACACCCUUUCUGUAUUUGACCCUUGAUUUGCCUGCUGCUCCGAUUUUCAAGGAUUCGCUCGACCGUAAUAUGAUUCCAACAGUGCCCAUCUUUGAUUUACUGCAGAAGUUCGACGGCGAAACUGACAGCGGACCCACUCCUCUGCAGCGCAAGAAAUGUACUUUAUGGAAGUUGCCGCGUUAUUUGGUGCUUGCCGUAAAAAGGUUUUCGAAGAACAAUUUCUUCAUCGAAAAGAACCCUACGAUCGUCACCUUCCCAGUUAAAAAUCUGGACUUGCGAGAAUGCGCAUAA